GACCAACUUUAUGAGCGCACCGCCCCCUUGCUUUCCCACCCGCGUGGCCUUCCUUAUCUCCAGCCGAAAAUGGACGCCGCCACCACCACCGCCGCGGCCGCGAGGCGCCUCCUCCUCCCGCUCCGCGCCGCGCCGCCGCCGCGGUGCGGCGCGGCCGCCUUCUCCCGGAGGUUGUCCGGGCCGAGACGAAGGCGGCUCCGCGCCUGCGCGUCGCUCGACCGCGCCGCGGUCCUGCUCGACGCCGCGGCGGCGGCGGCGGCCGCCGGCGGGACCGGGUACUCGCAGGCGAGCUACUACACGUCGCUGGGGCUCUUCGUUCUCUCCGUGCCGGGGCUGUGGUCGCUCAUCAAGCGCUCCGUCAAGUCUAAGAUUGUGCAGAAGACAUUUGUCAAAGAGGGAGGGCAGUCGAUGGCGCCAAAUCAGGUGGCUGGAGAGAUCCUGUCGUUCUUCACCCGCAACAAUUUCACUGUAUCAGACCGCGGCGAGGUUAUCACCUUUGAGGGCACGAUGGUACCAAGCAGAGGACAGGCAGCGCUGCUGACCUUCUGCACCUGCAUUAGCCUCGGGAGCGUUGGGCUUGUUCUAUCGAUCGCUGUCCCAGAAGGUGGCAACAACUGGUUCUGGCUUAUGACCCUAAGCCCCUUGGCGGGAGUGUACUACUGGACAAAAGCAUCAAGGAAAGAAGAGAUCAAGGUCAAGAUGAUCCUGUCCGAUGAUGGGAACGUAUCCGAGAUCCUCGUGCGAGGCGAUGACGUCCAAGUUGAGCAGAUGAGGAAGGAGCUCAAGUUUAGCGAGAAGGGGAUGAUAUACGUGAAGGGCAUCUUUGAGACAUGACCUGGAGUUUGAUUUCUGGGACCAUAAAGUGAAGGCCAGUCUUUGCUGCGAUGUGAAUUGCGAUAAUCAGGUGAGGGGAUGCAAAAUUCGACGGGCAAAUCUGUACCUUGGCUUAUAGAAAAAAGAAGUGAUCUUCAUACGGCUUUUGAUUAUUAUGAGUGUUGCAAAUAUGAGGAUCCUUAAUGUAUAACUUAACAGGAAGUUGAGGUCAUUGUAAAAAGUUGUCGAGAAACACCUUUUUGAGCUUGGAAAUAAUAGACCAUUUAGGGGAGAAAGAAGUAUCCGUGAGAGUAUGGCUGCGUCUCACAACUCAAAA